AUGGCGGAGACCGUGCGCUUAACCCCAAGAUCUGAGUGCAUGAAAGAUGCCCACCCCACAAACGCUGCUACCAACGCGGUUCAGCAGCACCAAAUGAUCAGACACCCACAAAGUCCAGCCGCACUUACGCAUCCUGGCACCCUAACAGGACACCUACCUCGAGUGACUCUCCUCAAGCUCCCGGCUCCAGUAAGGGGAUGGAACAGCAACUAG